AUGAAAGACCCCGUCCUCCACAUCCACCUCGAUUCUGGCGUCCCCGAGGGCAGCACCGAUUACACCACCGUCAUACUCCUCCACGGCUUCGCCUGGCAUGGAGGCGUCUUUGCAAAGAUGAUCCCCCCCGCUCACGCCCACAACGCCCGUCUCGUGCUCGUCAACCGCCGCGACUACCCCGGCUCCAAGCCCUACACCCCCGCCGAGCUCGCGCUCCUCAAGCGCGCGACCGCGCUCGUGUCCACAGACGCUGCUGGCGCGCGCACGCUCCUCGCGUCGUUCAUGCGCGACCGCGCGCGCGAGGUGUACGACUUCCUCGUGCACUUUAUCGCGGACAACGACGUCCCCGCCGCCGACGCGGCGCGCAACGCGGGCGGGAUCGUCCUCGCCGGGUGGUCGUUCUCGUCCGCGUGGAUGACCGCGCUCCUCGCGCACGUCGGGGAGUUCCCGAUGAACGACGUCGAGGUCGACCGGUACGUCCGCCGGGUGGUCCUCUACGACGGCCCGUAUCACUCCAUGGGGUACCCGCCGCCCUCAGACCCAUACAACCCGCUGUGGGACGCGUCGCUGGGUAGCGACGCGACGCGCGCGUUCGCGAUGUGGGUCAGCGGGUACUUCCAGCACGGGGACUCCGCGGACGCGAUCGAGAGGCGCACGCCGCUGGCGAACCCGGCGCCGACCCUGUCGACGCUCACGGACGAAGAGCGCGAGUCCGCGCUGUACCCCGGACCUGGGGAACCGUCGGGCUCGGACGGGCUGCUGCUGGCGGGGGGCAUCCAGUCGGGGUUGUACGAGCAGCUGAAGAACGCGGCGCUGUACCUGCCUGAGGAGAUUGCGUCGCCAUUGGGUGAGGAUGGUGACGAGAUGGUGACCAGCGCGUGGAGCGAUGUGGAAGUGCGGUACAUCUGGUGCGAACGCUCUGUUUGGGAGAUGACCUGGACGUCGUGGAAGAUGCGGGAGGAGAUGCGGGAGGCGCAGGCGCAGGGCAAGAAUAUGCGGAACUUGAAGAUUCUGCGUCUUCUUGACGCCAAUCACUUUGUUCAUUGGGACGAACCUGAGCGAUGCCUCAAAGCGUUUCUUGCGCCAGAAACAGCGUCCUCUGAAUAG